CCGCUCUCUGAUUCCUCUCUGGUGAUGCUAUGUAAGGAUGACUUCCUUUCCCGCGUGUCCAAUACGAGCAAAUGUGAAAUCAUUUGAUGAUAUGAUCGAUAUGUGAUGAUCGGCGUGUAAGCGAGACACAAAUCUUGACAUUUCUUACGUUGCGCGAAACAGAAAAAUUAAGAUAAGUAAUAAAAGUGACGCGAAAAAGUAGUCGUAACAGAGACACGCGCUUAACGGCUUCGUCCGGUAACCGCGUCGGACCGAGUAACCGCUUCGCAUCGCUUGUGAUGAAUCGAUAGUUACACGCGGUUCUGUAAAUCACAAUUCACGAGAAAUUUACAUCAAAUGUUUCUCGCAUAUUUCGUCACACAGCCGCUCUAGAAUUAAUAUACAUUGUCAAGCAGAUAUAAAAAUAUCAUAAAGAAUUUGAAACAGCACUGAAAAUGCCUGCAGUUAGCAUUUGUGAUCCCAUUGCAGCCAGGCUUCAUUGUGCUUUAAACAAUAGUGGUUCAUCAAAAAACACAGAUAAUCUCUCACUUGAAUUAGUCAGCAGUGCUUCUCGAAUUAUGCAAACAGAAAUUCAUUAUGAAGAAUUAAAAGACUAUCAGGUGACAAAUCAGGUGAAAGCUAACUGCAACAUUUUUCUUAAUUUAUCCUCUCCUGAGAAUUUUGAGAAAAACAAAGUAAAGGAUAACACAAAUAGUAAAAAGAAGAAUGAUGUGAAAGGACCGGUUCUACCUGAACCUGCUGUUGUUUUAUAUUCUCCCAAAAAAGUCCAUCUAGGAUGGAAAGGCACAUUUCCAGUAGGAGCAGGAAUGCAAAAUAUUGGAAAUACUUGUUAUUUGAAUAGUACACUUCAAGCAUUAUUUCAUGUUCCGGCUCUUGUCAAUUGGUUACUGUCUGACUCACAUCAUAAUUCAAAAUGUGAACAAAACGAUGGUGGUGGAGAAUGUCUUACAUGUGCAGUGGCCAAGACACUACAGUUCAGCCAUCAGAAAUCUGGAAGUGCAAUCAAGCCAUUUUAUAUAUAUAAUAAACUAAAAUUUAUUUGCAGAACUAUGGUACCUGGACAACAAGAGGAUGCUCAUGAAUUUUUACGUUAUUUAUUGGAAGGAAUGGAACGUGCGUAUUUGUCUAGGCAUAAAGCAACUAAAUUGGAUAGCUAUUCUAAAGAAACAACGCCUAUUAACCAAAUAUUUGGUGGCUACAUUCGUACUGAAGUCAAGUGCCUACAGUGUCAACAUGUAUCCACUACAUUUCAACAUUUUCAAGAUUUGCUUGUGGAUAUACGCAAGGCAAAUACAUUGGACGAAGCAUUAAAUAGUUACUUCAGUAGAGAACAAUUAGAUAACAACGAUUACAAAUGUGAAGCCUGUAAGAGAAGAGUGCCUGCCACGAAACAAUUCACUCUAGAACGCCCACCAAAAGUGUUGUGUGUGCAAUUGAAACGAUUUAGCGUUUUAGGAGGAAAAAUAUCUAAACAUAUUGGUUUUAAGCCAACCAUAGAUAUGGGUCCGUACUUGUGGAGAGAAUUCGGAGAAUCUUCGAAACAACUCACAUAUAAACUCGUGUCUAUUGUAACCCACAUGGGUCCUUCUCCAAAUUGUGGCCAUUACACUGCAGUUGCACAAGUGUCAAGUGGUCAAUAUUAUUCCUUUGAUGACUCGUAUGUUCGUCCAAUAACUCUUAAUAAUGUGUUAAAUAUACACGCGUAUAUUAUGAUUUUUGAAAUGGAGAAUAAUAGUCAGAAUCAACAGACUACAAAACUAAACGGCACGGCGUCCGCAAUGAACAUAUCGACGGCUCUGUCCAGUUCUACAAACAAAUCUCUCGGAUCCAAAGCGUCCGCUGGAUGUUCCGUGAACGGAUCGUUAAACGAACUGUCAAAUGAUAUUAACAAUGAUUCGAGUAAACCAACACUAAUUGGUCCACAGCUGCCACAGCAAAAAAGUAUAGAAUUAAGCCUUCCUCUAGAAAAAUUCACUGUUAAUCAUUUACCACAAAAGAUACACGAUAAGUCGUAUAUUAAGAAUGGAAAGAUUUCAAACGGAAAUAGCUUGGUGCCCUACGAUUCUAGUGAAGAGGAAGACAGUUAUCCCUCCGGGACAGGGAGUUUGAAAAAUCAAACGUCAAAUGCUUUAGUUCGAAUUAAUGCUACGAAUGGUGUGCCAAACUCUUCUCUUUUGAAGGAUGCAUCAAAACCUAUUAUUAAUUGUAAAGAGAGAACCAACAUCAAGAUCAAUACUAACGGCGUAUCAGCUGUUACAACGCAAGCCACGGUUACACAAUGUACAAAAUCACAGAAUGGAUCUAAUACUAACGGCCGAGUAAGCUUGCCGAAGCAUCAAAAUGGGAAAUUAGAAAUGAAAAGUCAGUCGGAACGAGACAAGAAUACAUGGCGCGUCCAGUGUAUAAGAGCUAAGGAUGUACAAGAAGAGAAUGUGUCUACAAAAGCCAGUGCUAAGACCUGGCAAGUUUCUAAAGAUACGUCUUCCGCGUUUUCUGGAGUAGCGACCAACGGUUGGAGUCUUUCCGAUGUCAAGGAGGAUACAAAGCUAAAUCAAAAUAAUGCAACACUGAGUGCUGCGGAUGUGCGAGAUUUUAACGGCACCAAUCGCUCGGACACUGUUUCAUAUUUGUUGAAAAUGACAAAUCGAGGAUACGCGAGUUCUUCAGUAACGAAUUGGAAUGGCAGUAAAACGCAGCUUGACCGAGAUGUCGAUAAUGAAAGACGAGAAGAACGUAAACGCCAUUUUAACGCAGAUGACGAAGAAAUGGACAAAGGUCGAACGAAGAAAGUCAAGGAUCACACAAAUCGUCGAUCUUACGAAGAAAGAUCUACGAUUUAUAAUCCAUUCCAAGAGUAUCAAAACAAACCCUGUUUUGAACGUCGAUUAGUAAAUCGAUCGUCAGUUAAUAACAGUCAUAAUCGAAGACGUUACUAUAAUACCACCUAUGCGCGUUCGCGGCAUGGGAGUUAUAGACAGUCAUAUUGUAAUAAUAAAUAUCGUUAUAGAUAUACAUAAAUGUCAUACUUACGCUCACUUUCGCAAUUGUCGACAGUGUGAACGUUAGACGAGAAUGAAUAGAAACAUAUUCAAAGAGAGAAAGAAAGAGAAAGAGAGAGAGAGAGAGAGAGAGAAAGAGAAAGAGAGAGAAAAAGAGCGAACGAGAUUUUAAUAGACUGUAUAAUCCAUUCUUAUUCGCUAUAGAUACAGUUUCUCAGUAUUAAAUUGGGAAUAAACUGUCAAGUGUAAAAAUUGUCACAAUAAACUGUAGGGUUCGACAGGUGAUUAUUUACACAUAUAUACAAACGUACACACACACACAAUUCAAAAAAUCAUUUUAUACGUUCCUUGUGGUAUUUUCUGCCUUCACGUAAAUGUUUGGUACACAUUUGUGUGUAUAAGUGAUCCCCAUGGAAGACAAGUAUCACCAAUUGUACCAAUUUGUGUUCAACGUGGAUUGUUAUAGAAAUUCUACUUUUCUUUUUAAUUACACGAUAAGAAGAACUGACUAUAGUUUCGAGAUGCGUAAUAAUUACCACUAUUAUUGACUUUAAAAAUGCAAAGGUAUCAAUGCCAGUAAAUAUAAACUGACUUAAAAAUCUUAAUAUACUUGUUAUUUAACCACUUGCGGUGCAAAGAAAUUUACGGUCGCGCGUGCCAGAACAGUCGAGUGCAAAUCACUUCGGAGCGCGUUCAGGCAGCGUUCAGGGGGUUCCAGAAGAGAAUAAAAUAAAGACGCAUCAACUGAUGAUAAAAUUACAUAUGUAUGAAUACUAAUCUUAUUUAUUAAUAAAUAAAUGCGUCACAGUUGACGUGACAUGCACGUCAUUUUCUUUUCUGCAACAAUCGCCUGACGACGUGUGUAACACGUCGCUGGCGUUCCGGUAACAGAAGCAUCUCGACGUGCGUGGCACGUCUUUGCACCGCAAGUGGUUAAAUAGCUUGCUUGCAGAAUUAUGGGCAUAAGUAAUAAGCUUCUAAAAUAAAUGAAUAAAAAAGCAAAUAUAUAUACAACUAAUUCUGGCUCCAAGUUAUUUUCAAAUUACAUUAAAGCAUUAAAUCCAGGAAAUCAUAUAU